CAGCGGUGCGCGGUGCAGGCCGACUAAGGCCGACCAGGCGGGUGGGCGCGAGCCGCGGUGCCGCGGUGUAGCGGGGAGGCGGCAGUUGCCAAGUAGGCGAGCUUGAGCGAGCUUGGGCAAGCUUGGGCUGUCAGCCGUUGGUCACUUGGCCGCAGUCUCCUCGCAAGGUGCGGUGCAGCGCGGUGCAGUUCCAGCAGAGACCCACGCAGCGCGCGCAGCCUCCAGCGCCUCCAGCACAGGCUCGACAGGGAAGGCCCAGCCAGGCCCAGCCCCCAGCCGAGCGGAUUCCCGCCCAAGAGUCGCCGCUUCGUCGCUCUGUCUCUCUCGCACCUACACUGGCCGUCCGGUGUGCCGCAGAGAAGCCGGGACAGUGAGGAUGCCGGUCUCCAGGGUGGGCGACGGCGGCCCCGCGGCCGCGGUGCCGUUCCAGGACCUCAUCAAGAAGAAGCGCGACGGCGAGAAGCUCACCGACGCCGACAUGAAGGCCGUCGUCGAGAAGGUGGUCAACAAGCAGGCCGAGGACGCGCAGAUCGGGGCCAUGCUCAUGGCCAUGUUCCUGAAGGGCCUGGACGCCGAGGAGACGGCCAGCCUCACGCGCUACAUGGUGGACACAGGUGACAAGAUGGACUGGUGCGCCGCCUCGCCCGAGUGGACGGAGCUCCUCGUGGACAAGCACUCGACGGGCGGGGUGGGCGACAAGGUGUCGCUGCCGCUGGCCCCCGCCCUCGCCGCCUGCGGUUUCAAGGUGCCGAUGAUGUCGGGCAGGGGGCUGGACUUCACCGGAGGGACCCUGGACAAGUUGGAGAGCAUCAGAGGCUUCACCGUGCAGCAGCCCGUGGAGGCCAUGCGCCGCGCCCUGGAGGACCCUGGCUGCUUCAUCGUGGGCCCCACCGCCAAGCUGGCCCCCGCCGACGGGGAGCUCUACAAGAGGCGCGACGUCACCGGGACGGUGGAUAACAUCCCGCUCAUAACGUCGUCGAUCGUGUCCAAGAAGGUGGCGGAGGGGACGCGCGCCCUGGUCAUGGACAUCAAGGUGGGGCGCGCCGCGCUCUUCAAGACGGUGGAGAGCGCCUCCGACCUGGCCAGGUCCAUCAUCGCCGUGGCCAAGCUGCUGGGCGUGCCGACGCGCGCCGUGCUCACGCGCAUGGACGUGCCGAUCGGGCGCGCCGUCGGCAACGCCCUGGAGGUGGCGGAGUCCAUCCGCUGCCUGCGCGGCCAGGGCCCGCAGGACCUCGAGGACCUGGUGUGCGCGCUGGGCGGCGAGCUGCUGGAGAUGCGCGGCGCGGCGGCCACGGCGGCCGAGUGCCGCGAGCGCGUGCGGGCGUCGCUGCGGGACGGCUCGGCGCUGGAGGCGUUCCGCCGCAUGCUGGUCCGGCAGGGCGUGAGCGAGGCCGACGCCCGCCGCGUGUGCGGGGCCGACGACGCCGACCUGUGGGCCGUGCUGCCGCGCGCGCCACACACCACGCCCGUGCGCGCCGCCGAGGCCGGCUUCGUCGCGGACAUCGAGGGACUCCCCGUGGCCAGGGCCUGCCAGCGGCUGGGGGCGGGCCGCGCCCGCGCGGACGACGUCCUGGACCUCAGCGUCGGCGUCGUCCUGGACGACGCGCUGCACGUCGGCGCCGAGGUGCGCGCCGGCGACGUCCUCAUGGUGGUUCACCACCGCCAGGACGCCGUCCCCGCCGACAUCCUCGCCAUGCUGCAGGGCGCAGUGCGCCUCCAAGGCGAGCCGCCCGUGGAGCAGCCGCGCGGCAGAGUCAUCACCACCUUGUCCUGAGGCUAUUUCGAUACCCGCCAACGGCGACCUCACUCUGCGGUUGGCACCUCGGCCAGAACACACCUUUCAUUUGCCAUGGCUGGCAAGUUGGAGCAAAGAACCAAGUCGGACGUCUGGGGUCUGGGAAGGUGCACUUGAAUGAAGUCAAUUGAUUUUUUUAAACUUAUAAUUAUUAUCACAAAGUUGAACAGGUACAUACAAAAAGUCACAACAAACAACAAUGCCACACAAAGUGCUAGAUUAUCUUAGUCUAGUUUAAUCUAGUAAAAUUAUAAGAUUUUGCUUUAGAGUCAUUAUUAUUAAAAAAUUGUGACACCUAAAAGUUACUGACACUGUGAAGUGAAAGGUAUUGCCUCCCAGAUUAGGGAUUUGUGAGGGACGUGCUAAUCUCAUGAUCGUAGAACAGCUGUGCAUCCAACAUACCAUCAAGUGAUUUGUGAGACUCUUCCUCAAAGUCCUUGUGAAGUUCUGUGAAAAGCAAAAAACAAAGGAAAGAAGUGAGAUACCUGGAGUUAGAUUUUUUUAUUUUUCUAGACUUUUUUUUAAAAUGAAUGUACUUACGAAAUUCACUUUCACUACCAGAGGAUUCCUCAUCUAUGUACUUCUGUAACUUCUGGUUUCUGAGCUCCACGUCAGGAGCCCCUUCGUCAUCAGAUAUUGUUGAGGAAAAUGUAUUACAGGACUGAUCAUAUUCCACCUCAUAUUCAUUCUAGUGAAGAAAUAAAAUAAAAUAGUAAACUUCUUAAUAAAAUAAAACAUAGUUUUAUCUUA